UUAGUGAGCUGAACGUGGAUUGUGACAAUGAAAAAUUGAGGAAUAGUGUUUACAUUCAUUUUAUAAUUUAUUUUAAAGUUAUCUUUUUUAUCUCGAUAAAGGAGAGAGUGGCGUAUGCAAGUUUCUUUACACAGUGCAAACACAUAUAAAUUUUUAAUUAUGUAUAAUGUACCACAUAAGUUUCGUCAAGUUUGUCGAUUGUGCCUCACAUUGGUUAACGAGUGCGAUGUUCCAGAACUACAAAUUUAUAAUGUUUCGACGUCGCAUAAUAGUGCGCCGCAAGACAGAGUUGAGCAGCAGAAAAAGGCGGCCGAAAAGCGUGCCGCUGGCUGCUUCUGCAGGGCUCGGGCUCUGAGCCCCAAUCUGUGCAGCUGCCUCGGUGAUAACUCGCUAUCAGUACCAGAAACGGGUCCAAGCCAAUCCCAAUCCCUUCACCAAACACAUUACAACACACCAAGUGUGCCUUCUGCUGCGGGAACAAUAUCGAGUGGCAGUGAACAACAAGCGUACGCUAAGCCUUUUGCCAGCAAGAGCCAAUUGGAGUUGUCGGACAUCGCCGAAAGAUCAGUAUUCAAAAGUCAGUCAUCGCCGUCGUCGACGGCGACGUCGUCAUCAUCGACGCAGGUAGCGCAACAACAACAGCAGCAGCAGCAUGAAAAUAUUGCAUGCAGAGAAGGAGAAGGAAAAUCAUUCAAGACGGAACAAAUCCCGAGGGAGGAACGUUCACUACAUAAUCAACUCGAUUUCGCUGCCGAAAACACAAAUGUGAAAACCAAAAUAAGCAGCAGAACAGAUAACUACGGCCAAGAGCGCAGCGGAGGUGAUGAUGAUUCAUCACCACAUCUUACAUUUCAGAUAUUCAACUGUCUCUCUAUUAAGGCAAUGCCGCACGAUGGAUUACCUAACUUGAUCUGCACUGAUUGCAGGGCAAAAUUGGAUUCCUUUGAGAAGUUUAGAAUUAUGGCGAAUAAUUCAAAUAAUGCUUUGAAAGAAUUUUUAAAUAUAUCAAAAUCUCUGUUACUAGAUCCAAACGAGUUGGAUGAUAAGCUUGAUGAAAUUUUAAAGGCUUCAUCGGAGGCUAUAGCUGCCAAGGCUCUCACCGAGCUGAGCACAUUUUCUAAGGUUAAGUACGAAAGUAAGGUAGAUUCAUCCAGCGUCCAUCAGCAGCAGCCGUUGGAUCGGAAGAUUGAGAUUAACAAUCAAGAGAGCGCAGCGCAGCAGCAGCAGCAUAGCUUAUAUCCAGGUUUAUUCAAAUCAAUAACUAUGAAAGGCGAUCAGUUUAUUGCACAUAAUAAGAAGAUAAUGCCCGGAUCAUCCUCCUCGCACAGCAACAGCAGCCAGUCUGCUGAUAUGGAAAAGUAUGAGAACUUACAGCAACAGCUCGAGACAGCCGCCGUUCUCAUGGAUAUAAGCAAAAAGAUUGUUAUUUCACCUCCAUGCUCGAAUCCGCAAUCUCCGUGCUUCUCUGCCGCAGCUACAGUAGAUACAAGUAUUAAAAGUUCUGUGAUAAAAUCAAAACGUCCAUUGAAACAAAAUGAAAUCGAGGACGGAGUUGAGAUUGACCUAUCCGUCAAAAAACAAAAGAACGAUUACUCUUCUAAUCAACGGAAUGCAUCAACAGCGGUGGUCCCGCCACAGUUACACAAUUUUUGCCAAACUCCAAUUCUUGAUAUUCAGUCGCACUUAAGAAAUGAAGAGGAUUUUCAUCAAAACUACAGUAUUACCAUUAAUCAAGUUGGUGGUGGUGGUGGAUCCUCCGCCGCCGCCGAUUACAAGCUUAAGGCCCCGAAGGCGAGUACCAACUCCCUGCAGGAUUCUGGCGACAGCUCCGACUCUCACAAACUGGAGAUGGACAUUACGUCCUCGAUUAAUGACCGAAAGACCCCGGAUAGCCUAAGCUCGGAUCAUGCAACAGAUGCGGCAACCACUCAACUUUGGCAGGCACUGGCCCGAUCAGCUGCUAAAAGCAAAGAGGAAAAUCAAAAUCAGGCUACUGAAAUAAUCCGUAACAUGAUGAGCCACUCUUUCGUGUUUCCGGUUCCGUCAACAGUAUCAUUUACAAAAGUACCUGAAGAACCCAUAGCACUAUUAAAGGAUCUAUCAGAGGCUCAAUCCAGCAAAUCAAAACCAUGUAGAAGAAAACAAAGUUUUCCUACCAAAACCGAUUGCAUCGAUGUAGUUAAUGAGAAUGUGACUGAUACUUACGCCCCUUCAGAAGCAACUCCAGAGGAAAAGAAAGAUAAAAGGAACAUAAACCUUUUUAAUGCCAUACCUGGUGCUCAAAAAGAUAUGUCAUGUUCCAAUUGUGGCACACUCACCACAACAAUUUGGCGGCGAAGUGUUCGAGGCGAAAUGGUAUGCAAUGCCUGCGGAUUAUACUUCAAGCUGCAUGGUGUCAACAGGCCGCAUUCGAUGAGACGCGAUACCAUACACACCAGACGCAGGCGUCCUAAAGAAUUGGAGCGAUCAAAAAAGAAACACAAGCAAAUGUCAUGUUCUACAAUGGAACCAACAAAACCAGAUUUCUUGACGUCUAGGGAAGCCCUUGAUAUUUCUGAUCUAGUUUUGAACAAAUACAAAAAGGAAAUGGAUGAGUCGGAGGCCGCAGCAGCACUUAAAGAUAUUCUAGCGAGGCGAAAGAAGUCGAGUUCUUUGUCGGCGUUUAAUGAUACCUGUGAAAGUACGGAUCUAUCCGCACCGCUUAACCUUGUUUCCAGUGAAAAUAAUGCAAAGUUAACAUAAAACGCCAAAUAUAUAUUCCCCUCUUCACUCACUUUUUCGAAAAACAAAACAACAAA